GCUGACUUUGGGAGUUUCCGGUUUUCGAAGUGGAUCGUGGCCUAUGUAUUAUCUUAGACUGGAGAGAUGUCUGAUCUUGCAAAAGAGAAAGCUGCCCGGCUGCUGAAGAAAAGGGGCAGUUUGUCUUCUCUCGGCAGUCACGACUUUAAAGCCAAGGAAACUGUUGGGAAAACAAAAGACUCCAUCAGUACAGUGUCCUACAUAGAUGAGCCUGGUCACCAUGACGAUAACCCACGACCAGCUGUGCAGACGGAGAACACCUAUCAACUCAGCCCCAUCAGACGCUUCCCUGUGACGACUGUCAACGACAUUUUAAAGGAUGUCCUCGCCAGUUACCUCCAAGAGGAGAAGUAUGAGGCAGAGCUGUGUCGACAGAUGACCAAAACGAUAUCAGAGGUUGUGAAGGCCAGGGUGAAAGAGCUGAUGAUCCCGCGCUACAAGAUCCUCGUCCUGAUCAGCAUCGGGCAGCUGAGCAAUCAGAACAUGCGCGUGGGGAGCCGCUGCCUGUGGGACGCAGCCAACGACACGUUCUCCACGCACACCUUCAAGAACCGCUCGCUGUUUGCCGUCGCUAACGUGUACGGGGUCUACUCCGAGUGAGUCGCGGUCACUUAUCUAGAGUGUGAGAUCAUAACAGCACCACUGCACCAUGUGUUUCAAUGUGUAAAAAUCAUUUUUAGAGAAAAGAACAUUGCCCAUAAGUUGAUGUCAGAUCUUUACUAGUGUCCAGGUGGCCAUACAUCGUGUAUGGUUGGAAUGUAUUUGUUAUAAAAAGGGAUAAUAUAAAGUCCGCCGGUCAGCACAGGAAAAUAAGUCCCGACAGGACCCUGACAUGCAGUGGAGGACCCAGACGUGAAUGUUCUGAUAGCCCAUUCAAUUCAAUGGAACUUUUUGCGACAUUCUGAAGAGCCGUAUAAUAAGGCCUUUUUAAUGUCCUUAUUUGUAAUUUCAUGAAUAUCGAAUGAAUUAUGUGUUAUUAACAUGUUUUUCCUAGUAUUUAUUUUAUCAUGGAAAAUGUCCCGUACAAAUAUUGGAUCAAUCACUAGAAAAUAUUUAAUGGCAUCGAUUCUAACUUUACCACCUCAACAACAGUAUGGCUGUUACACAAGUUGAAAUAUAUUACCUAUACGUUAUAAUGUAAAUAUAUAACCUAUACAUUAUAAUGUAAAUGCUACCUAUGUAUACAUGUAUGUGCUUGUCUCUGUUUGUGGAUAUGUGUGUGCUUAGAUGAGCUACUUAUAUGUGUGUUACAGUGCAUUUGUUUAAAAAAAAUGAAGCUUCAAAUAGGAAGUUUUUACUUUGAAAACAAUAUUUGUGACAGAUUGUUUGGUCAAUGGACUAGCUGGUCACCAAAGUGCUAGAAUGAAUAUUAGUUGUCUUCAGGAUCUGGGCUUCUUGCUGCCAUUGCUAACUAUAUUCAACAUAUCAAGACUCCAUUACCUAAUUUACUGACAAAAGCAUAACUUGACUGCUUUUGAACAUGAAAAAUAAACAUUGUAUUGCUGUUA